UUAUCAAUAUACCAUUAUAAUACCUAUUUUUAAUUACAAGUUCCUAUUUGCUUUAUAAAAUAAACCAAAAUAACACAAAACAAAAUAAAUGGCCCACGUCGUUGUUUUAGAUUCAAUUGAUGAAGACAUUUUUGUUUGUGGCACUUGUAAAACUGUUUUUAACUCCUUACAAAUUUUCCUCGAACAUAAAAGAUUAAAAUGCAGCAAUAUUGUUUUAGAAGGAAGAUAUUCCAAUAUUGAUUUGAUACAGCCCACGAGUCUUGGCGACUCUUUUCCUGAGAACAUUCCAACCUUACAACAAAGCGAGGAAUUACCUGAACCUCUGCCAGGAGCGGAUCAGUCAUGGCCUAAGGAUCUCACUUGUAGUACUUGCAAAAAGAAAUACAAAAAAGUUAGGACCUUGAUAGCUCACAUGAAAACACAUAGCGAAAAGCCAUACCAGUGCCCUAUAUGUGGUAGAUGUUUUAUACAAAAUUCACAUUUGCAAAGGCACAUUACUUCUCAUCGAAUAUGGCCUGAUGGUCUAAGGGAGACUACAUCACAAACUCCUGAAGAAGAACUCUUAAGUUAUACAUGUUCAUAUUGUAACUUGGUUUUAGUUAAUUACAGUCAAUACAGGGCUCACCUCAAAAAUCAUUUAUCACUAAAGAAAUAUAAGUGCAUACAAGGCGAGUGUGUAGAGUUUUUUGACACAGUUGAAAGUUUGCUUGAUCAUGUUUCUGUUAUCCAUGAGAUACCUGUCUAUAUUUGUCAUCUAUGUAGUUCCACUUUCAAUAGCUUGGAAGAUAUUGCUACACAUUUGCAGAGUGAUAAUGAUGGGUGUAAAGAAAGUCAAAAAAAGUUAAAAGUAUUUAAAUGUUCACAAUGUGAUGCUAGAUUUAGGAAAUAUGAAAAACUAACUCUUCAUUUAUUGACAGAGAAUCAUAACAAAAUAUGUAUUCAUUGUAAUAAAACAUUUGCAAGUGAUAAGAGAUUACGUCUGCAUCUACAAAUACAUAGGAAACUGAAACCAUUUCAGUGUAACAUUUGUAACAGCAGUUUCCACAUGAAGAAAUAUUUAUCCACACACAUGCUGAAGCAUGGUAACAGGCAGUUUAAGUGCUCAGUUUGUAAAUACACAUUCAAACGUCAGGACUUGCUUCAAAGGCACAUGAAGUUACAUCAAGCUAAGAAGAUGUUGAAAUGCCCCUUUAAAGAUGCUUUGGAUUGCAAGAAGGAAUUUAGCCGGACUGACAAAUUGAAAUCACAUAUAAAAUCUCAUACAAAACAUAUAGCUCUUCAUGCAAGGCCUAAAAAAGCUCCUCAUGAAAAUGUUACUGAGCUAGGUACUAAUGAGUAAUAAGAAAAGCAAAGAAAUUGAUAAUUUAAAAUGUUGAUUUCUGGUAAAAGAUAUAUUAAAUUUAUAAUUGAAGAUGUGAAGGUAGUUUUGAAAUUGAAUUAAUUUGAAUUUGCAACUUGAAUACCCCCAAAGUGAUGAAAUAAAGGUGGUUAGUUGAGCUAUGUUAUGCAGCUGAGGGGCUUCAUUCAAACAGCUAGCUAUAUCUAAUUAAGCAAUAAGUCAGUGAAGCAGGAAGGUUCCUAUGGAAAGGACAUAAGAAAAAGUGGCCAAUUUAAGUUUAUUAUUCUUGUGAAAUGGAUUUCCAUAAUUCAUUAGUACUUUUACUUAUUUUAUCUUGUCAUCUUGUUAUUAGUGAUGCCCGACAAUUCCGUGUUACAGAUCAAGUGUUUUUUGAAAUCACAAGUGAAGAUAAAGUCCUUGGUCGAGUAGUUAUUGGCCUGUUUGGUGACUUAGCCCCAAAAGCUGUUAAAAAUUUCAAAGUUUUAGCCUCAAAAGGCAUAAAUGGGAAGUCUUAUAAGGGCACUUCAUUUACUAGAAUAAUUAAACGAUUUAUGGUACAAGGUGGUGAUGUGGAAGCUGAUGAUGGAACAGGUUCAAUAAGCAUUUAUGGUGAAACAUUCCAUGAUGAGAAUUUGGAUACACAACACAGUGGGGCAGGAUUUGUGUCAAUGGCUAAUAAAGGUCCUGAUACAAAUGGAUGUCAAUUUAUUAUAACUACCACUGGAACACCUUGGUUAGACCAUUUGCAUACAGUAGUCGGAAAGGUGGUGGACGGUCAAAACGUGGUGCAUAUGUUGGAGCAUACUCCGACUGACGUGGACGACAGACCGUUACUGCACGUGUACAUAUCAGACUGCGGCUUGGUACCGACCCUCGAGCCCUACUACAUAUCUGAUGAUCCUUAUGAUUUAUGGGCGUGGAUCAAAGCGUCAGCGGUACCUCUAACCAUGUCUUUCUCUAUCCUCGGCUUUUUCCAAUGGAUGAUGAGGAAGAUGGAAAUAUAGUUCAUUUUUUUUUAAAGUUUGGUUAUGACGGCAGGUUAGGUUAAGUAAAAAGUCCAUUUUUAUAUUUUUAAGUUAUUUAUUUAUCAUUUUAUUGUGAUUUUUCGUUUUAAUAUAAAAUUUUAUGUAUAGUCACAAACCAUGUAAAAUUGUCAAUAAUUUAUACAUAUUAACAAUCUAUUUAAACAAAAUGCCACUGAUUCAAUAUACAUAUUUAUUUGUACGAAUUUAUAUAAAGUAAGAAUAAUAAAUAAGGUGUGUUUUCUUUCAUUUCAUUUAACCACUGCUGCUACUUACUACAAUAUAUUGUGUUAUCCAGUUUAAGUUACAUUAGUUUAUUUAGUAGAUAGUCAUAUGUUACUGAAAAGUAUGCAUAAGUACCUACAUUUGCGUUCAAACGUAGUUCGAAUCAUGUGGGUACACUUUGUGGAAUAAAAUUAUGUAGGUAUAACGUAAAAUUGACAAAGAAGCCAAAUAUUGUGAAGCCACAGUAAUGCAAGUACGGAGGUUGGAUUACUGGGACUUAUCACAUCAUGUCCUCAAUACUCUUCAAUCGAAGAAACAAUGUGUACCUAACUAGUCGGCGGUAGAUACCUACAGAACUGUAUUGCUUAUACACUUGUACUCCAUUUCGCACUGCACACAAUAAAAUAGCACUUUAGUUAGUGUUAGUUGUCACAGAUUAAAGUUGGUCUGCAGGCUAUAGUAGUAGUAGUGCGGUGGCCAACAAUAUAGUGGCUGGGGCUAGAAGAUGCGCGUGCGCAGCGUCAGGCGCGAGCUGUCCGGGCGUGUCGCGAUUCCCCAGUUGCUGCGCGGCGGCGCCACAAGCGCGGGAGCACGACUCCCACGCGCGGCACACGUCGCACGCACUCGCCGCGGUCGGGGAGAAGAAUACGCGUGCUCGGUGACCUACCGUGGAAAAGGAACGUUAGAACAAUACAUGACAUGGUUUUAUAAUAAUGUUUGUCAAAGUCAUAGA